CCCCAUCCCUCCCGAAAUUUCUAACUCUGCCUCCCUCCUUCCUCUGCAAGCUAUCGACACAAUCAAACCCGUCAAAAUUUGAGGAAGAGGGGAGAAUUUGAGGGGUCAAGAUGCCGAUAGAGAUCCCCAGAGGCCUCCCAUUCUCAGUAGACACGUGGACUCCCCAAUCGAAUCUCAAGCGCCACCGUUUCCUCACCCACGCUCACAAGGAUCACCUCUCCGGCAUCGCCGCCAACUCCUCGUAUCCCAUCUACGCUACCAGGAUCACCAAAUCCAUCGUCCUCCAAAAUUUCCCUCAGGUUGAGGAAGCCGUGUUUGUGGAAAUUGAGGUUGGGGCGUCGGUGACGGUGAGGGAUCCUGAUGGGGAUUUUACUGUCUCGGCUUUCGAUGCUAAUCACUGCCCAGGGGCUGUUAUGUUUUUAUUCGAAGGUGAAUUUGGUAACAUAUUACAUACUGGGGACUGUAGGCUCACCCCUGAUUACCUGCAGCAUCUGCCUAUGAAAUAUAUAGCUAAGAAAGGGGAAGAAAAUCUGUGUAAUCUUGAUUACUUAUUUCUGGACUGCACUUUCAGUAGAUGUUCUCUCAAAAUUCCAAGCAAGCAAGCAGCCGUACAACAGGUGAUAAAUUGCAUAUGGAAACACCCAGAUGCACCGGUUGUUUAUCUUGCCUGUGAUAUGCUAGGCCAGGAAGAGAUACUUGUUCAAGUAUCAAAAACUUUUGGAUCCAAGAUAUAUGUUGACGAUACGAGUAAUCCAGAAUGCUUUCAUGCUCUUUCGCUUGUAGCUCCAGAAAUUCUUUCAUCAGAUGCUUCAUCUCGCUUUCAGGUGAUUGAAGGAUUUCCAAGGCUAAACGAAAGGGCAAGCCAAAAGCUUGCCGAGGCACAAGCUAAUCUUCAACCAUCACCUCUAUUUCUCCGUCCAUCUUCACAAUGGUACGCCCACAAUAAUCAACCUGAGACAACUCAAACAGGAAAACCAGAACUCCUCGAAGCAAUAAGAGACGAGUUCGGAAUCUAUCACGUGUGUUACUCAAUGCACUCUUCUCGAGACGAGCUUGAAUGGGCUUUGCAGCUACUUAAGCCCAAAUGGGUAAUUUCAACAACUCCCCCUUGUCGAGCCAUGGAGCUGGAUUAUGUCAAGAAAUAUUGCUAUAAAACCCGUAUAGCUACUGACGAUCCCCUUUGGAAACUAUUUGGAGUUAGUAAAGGAAAGUCUGUUUCUUCAUCAUCGGCCAUAGCCUUCGAAGCGGAGAAUGUUACUGUUAGUUCCAUUGUUGAAGAUUCCACAGUUUCUGUAGCACCUGAUCACUUGCAGCUCGAAGAAGUAUCUGCAAAGCAUUCAGAGAUUAAAAGUGAACUAUCCACAUUAGCUGGCUCAAGAAAUGUGACAUUAUUUGGAAGGGCAAGGUUCGGGAUUCCAGAUAUUGAAUUGUUGCAAGAUAAGAAAUCUGAGCCUGCUGGUGUUGAGAAUAAUGGCAUAAUCACUGAUCAUGUGUCCACAGUACAAGAGGGUGAUAUUUCUGAAUCAUGUUCUCAGAAAUUAGUAAAAGCGGUGGAUCUUAAGAAGAAUAUAUGCGUCAAAUCAUUUCAGCGUCCCGAAAGUGCUGAGCAUAGUAUAGAUAAAUCAAUUGAAGCUAACUCUGGUAAGGAGAUAUCAUGUGCUGGAUCGUCUAGAACUUCAGUUUGUGACAGUACUAGCACUAACCCUGUGAAAGUGGUUGAUGCUGAUGGGGAAUUCUCACGCAUGGGAUCCUCUAAAGAUCUCAAUAUUAGCUUGAAGAAGUUGUACAGGUCAAUGAAUGUUCCAGUUCCCCGCCCUCUUCCAUCACUAGUCGAUCUUUUGAGUAGCUCUAAACGGGUUAAGCUUCGUUCUGAACCUAUUUCUGAUAGACUGGAGUAUUGCUAUAGUUCAUCUUAUAGUCUACACGAACGUGUUGAUUUUUGAUUGUUUAGAUUUCAUUCACAAUUGACAGAAUAAAAGCAUAUGAUUCCAUUGUACAUGAUACAUGUCGUUUGCAUUCAUUAAGGAUUAAUAUUGGUUUAUUCGGUUGAGGAUUAUAUAAAGAAUCACCUUCAUGUCCUGUA